AAGAGGGACAUGCUUCUUUUCCGUGUGUGUGUGUGUGUGUGUGUGUGCACGCGCACACAUAUGCUCAUGUACUUGGGAUCUGGUAGAGCCUGUCCAGGCUGCCCAGUCACCUGUGAUGUCAGAUUCCUUCAGGGAAGAAAGGAAGGAGUGGGACAAGGCAUGGCAGCUUUUCAUCCUAGCCUGCUCCUGUACUAAGGAGUCUCCUCUCCUAGAGUCACUGUCCCUUUCCUGGGAAAGGAGGGAGCUGUUCAAAGCCCUUGCUCUUUUAGAGGAGGAGGGAGAGGAGGAGCUCUAUUGAUAACUGGGCUCAGCGCCACUCCUGUCAGUGCUGGGGUGCCUUCAGGGAGGUUGCUUUGGGGGGCCUUGUGAGGGAAGGCAGGCCAGGUUGUGCCGUAGACAAUCCCCUUGGUAGAAUGAACCUGGUCACCAGGCCAGGCCUGAGGAAGCAGCAAGGGUGACGGUGUGGCACGUUCCUGCUUGGCUUUCAGAGGUAUGGGCAUUAGAGGGAGGCCGUGGCUUGUCUUCUGUGCUCAGUCAGGUCAGGAAGGCUGAAUGAACUGUUGUGUUGGGGCAGCGGCUUUGUGUCUUGCUCUGGAGAGGGCUGAGAACAGGGCCAGGACACCGCGUUCAGCACGCAGCAGCUAUGGAUAGCUGGCAUUACCUGGGCCCUUUAGGAGUCUUGGAAAUUUUCCACUUACAUUUCAUAUUCAUGGAAGAAUUUCCAGCCCAGGCACUUCCUGCUCUUGCUCACGGCAGCUCACAGAUAUGCAAAACAGAGACCUCCCACCCCAGCAGCAGCAGACAGGACCCAGCCAGCUGCACUCACACGGACUCAGCUCAGCCUUCCGGGCAUACACGGCCCAUGGCCUGAGGGCCUCACCUGUGUGGCAUGCUCAGGAUCAGCCAUGGAGACUCCAGCCCCAGGCUCAGCCGAGAUGCCGCGCCAGUUUCCCAAGCUGAACAUCUCCGAGGUGGACGAGCAAGUCCGGCUCCUGGCAGAGAAAGUGUUUGCUAAAGUGCUCCGAGAAGAGGACAGCAAAGAUGCCCUGUCCCUCUUCACUGUCCCCGAGGACUGCCCCAUUGGGCAGAAGGAGGCCAAGGAGAGGGAGCUGCAGAAGGAGCUGGCAGAGCAGAAGUCCGUGGAGACGGCAAAAAGAAAGAAAAGUUUCAAGAUGAUUCGGUCCCAGUCCCUGUCUCUGCAAAUGCCUACGCAGCAAGAUUGGAAGGGCGCCCCGACAGCCAGUCCGGUCCUGUCUCCCACUACCCCUGUGUUCCCUGGAGCCACUUGCCAGCCCACGCCAGGGCCCUAUGCCAUUCCCGAGUUCCAGCGGGUCAUCAUCAGUGGAGAUUACUGUGCCGGGAUCACCGUGGAGGUAGAGCAGGCUGCCAAAAGCCUAGCCAGCCUGAUGAUACGGGAGAAGUAUGCCAGACUUGCCUACCAUCGCUUCCCACGGACCACGGCCCGGUACCUGGGUGACCAGAGGGUAGACAGUGCACCUCCAGAGGAGGGCCUCCCAGACUUCCACCCUCCCCCCACCCAGGAAGACCCUUACUGUCUGGAUGAUGCUCCCCCCAACCUGGGCUACCUGGUCUGCAUGCAGGGGGGCAUCCUCUUCGUGUAUGAUAAUAAGAAGAUGCUGGAGCGCCAGGAGCCCCACAGCCUACCCUCCCCCGACCUGGAGACCUACACAGUGGACAUGAGCCACAUCUUGGCUCUUAUCACGGAUGGUCCCACGAAAACAUACUGUCACCGGCGACUAAACUUUCUGGAAUCCAAGUUCAGUCUUCAUGAGAUGUUAAAUGAAAUGUCUGAGUUCAAAGAGUUGAAGAGUAACCCUCACCGAGACUUCUAUAAUGUGAGAAAGGUGGACACACACAUCCACGCAGCUGCCUGCAUGAACCAGAAGCACUUGCUGCGCUUUAUCAAGCACACGUACAAGACAGAGCCUGACAGGACUGUGGCCGAGAAGCGGGGCCGGAAGAUCACCCUGCGGCAGGUGUUCGACAGCUUGCACAUGGACCCAUAUGAUCUCACUGUCGAUUCACUGGAUGUCCAUGCGGGCCGGCAGACAUUCCAUCGCUUUGACAAGUUCAACUCCAAAUACAACCCUGUGGGGGCCAGUGAGCUGCGCGACCUAUAUUUGAAAACUGAAAACUACCUGGGAGGAGAGUACUUUGCUCGGAUGGUCAAGGAGGUGGCCAGGGAGCUGGAGGAGAGCAAGUACCAGUACUCAGAGCCACGGCUGUCCAUCUAUGGCCGCAAUCCCAAGGAGUGGCCCAAACUGGCCCGCUGGUUCAUCCAGCACAAGGUCUACUCGCCCAACAUGCGCUGGAUCAUCCAGGUGCCCCGGAUCUAUGACAUAUUUAGGUCAAAGAAGCUGCUGCCAAGCUUUGGGAAGAUGCUGGAGAAUAUCUUCCUGCCCCUUUUUGAGGCCACAAUCAACCCCCAGGAUCACCGAGAGCUUCAUCUUUUCCUCAAAUAUGUGACAGGGUUUGACAGCGUGGAUGAUGAAUCCAAGCACAGCGACCACAUGUUCUCAGACAAGAGCCCCAACCCAGACAUCUGGACCAGUGAGCAGAACCCGCCCUACAGCUACUACCUGUACUACAUGUAUGCCAACAUCAUGGUGCUCAACAACCUCCGCAGGGAACGAGGCCUGAGCACUUUCUUGUUCCGGCCUCACUGUGGAGAGUCUGGCUCCAUCACCCACCUAGUGUCUGCGUUCCUGACUGCUGACAACAUUUCCCAUGGGCUACUCCUCAAGAAGAGUCCGGUGUUGCAGUAUCUCUACUACCUUGCUCAGAUCCCCAUUGCCAUGUCUCCUCUUAGCAACAACAGUCUGUUCCUUGAAUAUUCCAAAAACCCUCUGAGGGAAUUCCUGCACAAGGGACUCCAUGUUUCUCUCUCCACUGAUGACCCCAUGCAGUUCCACUAUACAAAGGAAGCACUUAUGGAAGAAUAUGCAAUUGCCGCUCAAGUGUGGAAGCUGAGCACGUGUGACCUGUGUGAAAUCGCCAGGAACAGCGUGCUGCAGAGUGGCCUCUCCCAUCAGGAGAAGCAAAAGUUUCUGGGACAAAAUUAUUAUAAAGAAGGACCUGAAGGAAAUGAUAUCCGAAAGACAAAUGUUGCUCAGAUCCGGAUGGCGUUCCGAUACGAGACCUUAUGCAAUGAGCUCAGCUUCCUGUCUGAUGCCAUGAAAUCAGAAGAGAUCACAGCUCUGACCAAAUAGGUCCAGCAGUGGACAAUGCAUUUUAACUUUCUGGUUUAAUUUCAAGUUUGCUGCGAUUAACAGUGGUCAAGAUACCAAACUAGGACCGUCCUCCAUGUAGAGGAUGCCUCUGACUAGUGAUUUCGGUUGUACUGUUCACUUUAAGAUCUAACAUGCCCACUUCUGUUAGUAUUUCUGAGUAGUAGAUGGUGACUCCUCCUUGGGGAUCUGGGAGCUGGACACUUGUCUGUACUCAUUCCUAAUUUUCCAAAUAUGUCUCUUGAAACAGCUAGUGCUUGCAUUGUUGGGGCCAGGAUCUUGCAAGGUCCAGUGCCUACUGACAUGAGGUCUGUGUGGUUUUCUGCCAAAAUCCUCUAUAGACCCUGCAGGCUAGUUGGUAGUUGUUCAUUUCAGCCUCUGGCUGGCUGCCUUAAACAAAAUCAAUUUCAAAGCUCCCUUUCAUAAAGGAACUACUUUGAGAGAAUUAAAAUAGAAAAUUUCCUUCUUGACAAUUUGCAUUUUUUAUGAAUUUCUUAAAAUGUGUUACUUAGCCCUCCUAUUUAGGAAGCCACAUAUGCACAUUGAACCAAUCGCUUCUGUUCUUGUGUCUUGGUUUUCUCAUCUGAAAAGUAUGGUUUUGGACUAGAUGAGUAGUUCUCAAAUGUUCUGUGAAUGCCCCCCUCCUGGACCACUUCAGGAGGAGGGGGAGGGCAGGGGGAGUGAGCUUCUGGAUGCCGCUUUCUUCAAAGCAAUUCUUUCAUCACUUUUACACUGGGGCUUCUACAUAUUUUCAUUUGAACUACGGACUUUGGAAAACAUAGGAUUAGAUGAUCCCUGUUCCUUUUGGUUCUAAUAUUUUGACUAUAGCCCAAUUACCAUUUUACUUAUGAAAAGUUAGGGCCAGAGAGGUGAAAUUUGCUUAAGGUCACACAGCUAAUAAGUAAUAGGACCAGAACUACUUUCCCUACUCCUCCUAAUCCAGUCCUUUUCCCCACUGUUCCAUUAGGCCUCACAGAUGUUAAAUUUUACCAGUGUAACCUGUGCAUUUUUUUAAGGUGAAAUUUCUCCCUUACCUAACAUGCAGACUUCUUUAGAAGAUAUAAGUGGUCCCAGGGGCCAGGUAGAAAUUAUUUUUAAGACCAAACUGAAUUUAAGCUUUACCAAUGUACUCUUCAUCUGUGUUACUAGUGCCUGGUACAUAGUAGGUGCUCAAUAAAUGUACAUUGAAUAACUGAA